GAAUUCUGCACUCACGCAAAUACCAGUAUAAAUUAAACCGAAGCAGUAGUGUUUAUAGCGGUUAAGCACGGAACUUAAAGCAGAAACCCAGACCGAUAAUGUCGAGCAUUUGCAAAACCAAACCGGUAGAGGGCCGUAGACUCCUGAACCGGGUUUUAACCAUUUUGACACCGUAUAUCCACCAGCCAAACCGUUCCAUUGCCACUGUAGCUUUCGAAGAAGUCCGGUCUUCGCCGGAAAAACCUUACAAUUUCACAGCUUUUAUACUUCACGGCCUCUUAGGUUCCGGUCGUAAUUGGCGAUCAUUCUCCCGAUCCCUCGCUUCCUCCCUUUCUGCAGAUGGUGUAAAUUGGAGGAUGGUUCUUGUGGAUUUGAGGAAUCAUGGGAAGUCAGCUGAAAUUGAAGGCUUCGUGCCACCUCAUGAUAUGGAAAACGCUGCUAAAGAUGUGGCUAAUUUGGUGAAUUCACAGGGUUGGGAUUGGCCUGAUGUUGUCAUAGGGCAUUCCAUGGGUGGCAAGGUCGCCUUGCAGUAUGCUGAGAGCUGCUCUCGUGGUGUUUAUGGCCAAUCAGCUCGAUUGCCCAAGCAGCUCUGGGUAUUGGAUUCUGUCCCUGGAAAGGUGGACCCUGAAGAUAGCAGUAGAGAAGUAGAGAAAGUUAUGCAAACACUGCAGAGCCUACCUUCAUCAAUCCCAUCUCGAAAAUGGCUGGUGGAUCACAUGUUGAAACUUGGGUUUUCAAAGGCGUUAUCAGAAUGGCUGGGAAGCAAUCUUCAGAAAUCAGGGGAUCAGAUGACAUGGACCUUUAAUAUUGAAGCUGCUAUUGAGAUGUUUAAUUCUUACAGGGAGAAAGAUUAUUGCCCUCUGCUGGAGCACCCACCUAAAGGGACAGAGAUAGCGAUUGUGCGGGCUGAGAAAAGUGAUAGGUGGGAUCCUGAGACUGUCCAAAAACUCGAAAGCCUUGCCUCCAAUGGAGGUGGUGAAUCUGAAGGCAAGAUGUCGUAUCAUACCCUUCCCAAUUCCGGUCAUUGGGUUCAUGUCGAGAAUCCAAGGGGUCUUCUUGAAAUCAUAACUCCCAAAUUAGCUUCUCUUGUUUAGCCAGUUUAGUUUCUCUUCUGGUAUGCAUGGGUCAUAAUUUAAACAUUCUUGUAACAUCUGCUUUCUUUCUUUCACUCACUUUCCAUUUUAGGGAUUUGCUUUGUACCAACUGAAAAUGACAUAGGAAUUUACUCUUUGGCAUACCUGAGCACUUGCUUGCUUGUCCCUCAGUCUUGUUUCUUGAUUCAAUAAAUCGAACUGAUGGUUUCCUGGUUGCAAGAAUUUGGUAUUUCCGGGCCAUUUGCUUUCAUCUGCUGCUGCACCACAGCUAGAAGUAUCCUUGCCGAAGUUCAAUAUAGUACAAAUUUGAAAAGUCACAAGGAAAUAAUGUUCCUUGUCAGUCACAAACUAUUAGCUAAGUCUCUUUAUUAAUUAUUCGCUAAAUGUAACAACUUUUAUUGUAAAGUUACUCUUUUACUCUUUUUAAGAGAAUCUUUAUAGAAUCUUAGGGGUGUAGGAUGCAUUAUAGAAAAUAAUGCAUGUAUUAGCUUUUGGUAUUAUUAAUCCCUUGUUUGGUGAAUUUUUUUAA